AUGGACGCGUCCUGGUUCUGGGUGCCCGACGACGCCGAGGGCUUCGUCGCCGCGCGGCUCGUGUCGCGGAACAAGCGGGACAACCUCGUUUGCGUGUCGCGGGACGGGCGGACGCUGGACCCGGCGCCCGCGUCGGCCUGCUACGCCAUCGACGACGUCGCGUCCGUCGACGAGCCGCCGCCCUGCGACCUCGUGCUCCUCGCGGAGGUGAGCCCGGCGUCGAUCCUCCACGCGCUGCGACGGCGCUUCGAGGACGACGACAUCUACACGAGUUUAGGGAGCGUGCUCGUCGCGCUCAACCCGUUCAAGGCCAUCGACGGCCUCUACGGCCCGGCGGCGCUGGCGCACUACGGCGGCGGCGCCGGCGGCGCCCUGGCGCCCCACGUCUACGACGUCGCGGCCGCGGCCUACCGCGGCGUCCGCGGCGGCGACGCCGGUUCGGCGCGGUCGCAGUCGCUCGUCAUCUCCGGCGAGUCCGGCGCGGGCAAGACGGAGACGACGAAGCACGCCCUCGCCUACCUCGCCUUCGUCGCCGGGUCGCCCGGCGGCGUCCAGGAGCGCAUCCUCGCCGCGUCGCCGAUUUUAGAGGCGCUCGGCAACGCGAAGACGAGCCGCAACGACAACAGCAGCCGCCUCCGCUUCGGCAAGUUCAUGGAGCUCCGCUUCGACGCGUCCGGCGCCAUCGCGUCCUGCGGCAACACGCCCUACCUCCUCGAAAGCGGCCGCGUCGUCGGCCAGGCGCCCGGCGAGCGCAACUUCCACGCGUUCUUCCAGCUCCGCAAGGGCGCGCGCGGCACGCUCGCGCGCGCGCUCGCCAUCGACCGGGAGGUUUUUUUCUACUGCGGCCUCCCGGGCGACGGCCGCGGCGGCUUCGACGUCGCGGGCGCCGACGACGCGGCGGCCUUCGUGGAGACGUGCGCGUCGCUCGAGGCCGUCGGCUUCGACGCGCGCGAGCGCGACGGCCUGCUCAAAAUCGUCGCGGCCGUGCUCCACCUCGGCGACGCGUCCUUCCGCGACAGCGACGGGCCCGAGGACGGCUCCGCCGCCGACGCGCCGGGGCGCGACGCGCUGGAGCGCGCGGCCGCGUGCCUCGGCGCGGACGCGGCCGCGCUCGAGCGCGCGCUCACGCUGCGGACCGUCGAGGUCAAGACGGGCCGCCGCUGCUCCGUGACCAAGGUGCCCCUGCCGCCGCCGCAGGCGGCGGUCGCGCGCGACGCCUUCGCGCGCCAGCGCUACGCCUGGACCGUCGGCCGCGUCAACGAGAGCGUCGGCGGCGGCGGCGCGGCGUCUUCGGGCCCCGUCGUCGGCGUCUUGGACAUCUUCGGCUUCGAGAUCUUCACCGUGAACUCCUUCGAGCAGCUCCUCAUCAACUUCGCCAACGAAGGGCUCCAGCGGCUCUUCAACCGCACGGUCUUCGACGAGGAGAUGGCGCUCUACGAGGCCGAGGGCGUCGGCCAGUGCGUGCGCCUCGACUAUGUCGACAACGCGGACGUGCUCGCGCUGCUCGGCGGGCGGCGGCCGCCGGGCGUCGUCGAGAUGCUCGACGAGGAGUCCAAGCUACCCCGGGGGUCGUCGGCCAACUUCCGCGCGCGUCUCGCGAAGCGGCACGCGGGCCACGCGCGGUUCUCGACGCCGCGGUCCGCGUCGACGGCGUUCUUCGUGGAGCACUACGCGGGCAAGGUCUGCUACGAGGCGGCGUCGUUCGUGGAGAAGAACCGCGACGGCGUCACGGGCGACAUGGUCGCGGCCUUCGGCGACUGCACAUUACCGCUCGUCGCGGCGUGCUUCGCCGGGCGCGGCGCCGCGAGCAAGGCGUCCGUCGGCGCCAAGUUCAAGAAGUCGCUCGACGCGCUCACGGCGACGCUCGGCGCGACGGAGCCCCACUACGUGCGCUGCGUCAAGUCGAACCCGCGGAAGGCGCCGGGGACCAUGGACUACAAGCUCUGCCUCGAGCAGCUGACCUACGCGGGCGUCCUCGAGGCCGUCAAGAUCCACCAGCGGGGCUUCCCCUUCCGCCUGGACCACGUCGCGUUCCGCCGGUCCUAC